AAAUUUCUGCUUAUAAAACUGCAUACAACAAAUUCUAAGGUACCAUUGUUAACGGAGUGACCGUCUGAAUAUUCAGAUGGCAGAAGAGAAGAAAAAGAGGUCGCACAUGAAUUCCAGGAACAAACGUUCCUUCCCUGGUAUUGGUCACGGAAAAGCGAAUGAUUCACGAGCCUGUAGCCGAAACUACUCUCGAGUAUGAAACCCCGAAACGAGCGUCGAAGUGGGUCAUUCUGACCAACAGUACACAGAACGUUUCUGUUUCGUGUACCAGUCACCGAGUUAGGAAACGACGUAGCCGGUCACGGUCACGGACACACGCUAGAAACGAAUAUUAUUAUGAUAAUAUGGACCAGCGAGGACCUUGGACGACUUCAGGGGUUUCUGAACCGAGGAAUCAGAGACGAGAACUCGAUGAAAGUGUGCUUAAUAGCAGUUGAUCGUCACAGAUAGCCAUGUAUUGUAUCGCGUACAAGAAUAUAAAUUAAUCAGAUGAGAAUGUAGCGAAACGCGGUGGAAACGUAUUCCCGGAAAUGUUCACCGGUGACAAAGCACCGAUCUGUGACAAUGAAAGCUCCCUCGAAAGUGCGAGUAACGAAAUGCUAAUGCCAAAUACAGCGAUCGAGAUUGUGGCACAACCUCGACAAAAGUUACUGGAAUGUCACGGAAGAAGCACAGCUGAGGAACAGGAGAGUGUGGAGAGAAAAAGAGGGAGAGAAUGAGGAACCCGUUAGGCGUUGGAACGCGAUUCCGCUCGAUGAAAGAUGUACCAACUUGUCCCUGUUUAUCAUUCCAUUAUAUGACAAGAAAGAUGCAACCCAAUCCAUGGACCCUGAUGAUUGCUCUGGCCUUUGUGGCCAGCGUUUCCUCGGAGUACCUGAUGGGCGGACACAUGGACAACGGUCCGCCGAAGUCUCUACUGGAAGAGAUGGAAUCUUCUCCGACUUUGGCAAGGACGGCGCAGCUGGAUGACCUUGACCUGGAUCUCGACGCAGAAGGGAGCACCGUUGCCCUGUCGACGUCCAACGACGAGGAAGCGCCUCGUUAUCAUCUUCCGUAUCCUUUCGCCUUCAACGGUGGCAGACCGUUCUCCCUGGAGAAGGAUCCGAUCACUGGGAAAAUCGACUUCGAGAAGGCACCGCCCGUGAAAGCGUUAAACUACACCAGUCGUUAUCAGGUACCGGUGAACGACGAGGAACAACCAGACGAUAAAGAAUUUUCAAACGAGGAUACAAAGAAGAAUGCGGAGAACAAAGAGACCGUCGAUGUUAGCCCUAACGAAAUCAAUCCGUAUUCGCCAAAUUUUCACGAUUUCCUCAAUCUACCUGUUCAUUAUUCUUCUGACAAGUACGGCAAGGACAAGUACCCAUUGAUAUCGAGCUCCUAUGCGAACACGAAAGUACAAAGUGGCUCAAACAGCUACAGCACCUAUAAUCAUAAACCUUAUCACGGAGAAACUGUGGCCUACUAUCAUACGAGAAAACCGUAUGUAUCUAAAACGACCUCUGCAACCACCACGACGACUAGUACUACUCCAAGAACCACACCGUCGUCUACUACCACUACCACUACCACUACUACCACUCCCAAGCCUGUAACAACUAGCACGACAACUACGACUACUACCACGACCACGACUACUCCUCCUCCACCGAGUAGCACUGCAUCCGUUUCUACGAAGGCGCCCGUUGUAACCACUUGGAAGCCUCCAAGUACCACUAAAAGAUUCGUAGGUCAGUUGGACGACUACGAGGAUAUUCUUCCAAUAGAGAAACUUCAGGCUACCAUGUAUAAUAAUCGUCAUCAGGGAACGAAUAACAUAAUGCAUAAUCGGGAUCCUCAGACGAAGCCUUCUAUGCAACACGAAGAGUAUAUGGAUAGUUACGAAGAUUACGAAAUGAACGAUGGAGAUGAUUACGUUCCAGUAAAAGACUCGACCAACGAGAUCGUCAAGACCAGUACAUUACCUGCGACAACGUCCACUGUUUCAAACGUGACAGGAACAACUGUUGGUACCCCAGAAACUCCUGUGUCUACCACUGCUGUUACAAGCACAGCAACUCCAUCAGCAUCCAGCACGCAUUCUUCGUCGGUGCUUCAAGAGAAUACUUAUCAAACAAAUUCGGUACCGUUUCAAGCACUGCCGCAACGUCCGGUAACAUCCAUGCCUUUGGAUAACGAUCCUCGAUUCCCAUCGGGUUUUGAAAACGAUAACCGAAAACAGGGUAUCGCGGACAACGUUAUUGUUAACCAAAAUUAUCGACCAAAUCCCAUUGUUGGACAGAGACCAAGUGGAUUGAGCGGAGGAUACGUAGUAGAGAGCACCAGUAAUAUCGUCAUACCACCUGAUCAGGAUACGGUAUCUUUCGUUCUUGGCAAUCGACAAAACGUCGAAGGGGGAUAUUAUUCAGUGGGCACGGCUAUUGGAGAGAAUCCCUAUGUUGGUUCCCCUGGUAUUGAUACCUCCUUUCGACCUCUCUACGGUGUCCAAUCCGAUAAAGGCAACUAUGAUCUACAAACGGAUCACCUGGGUACCAUUGGUUUGCCUUCGGUAUCUGUCCUGGAGAACAAUCCUAACUAUGCUCCCCAAGCUUGGCGACAACCAAAUCCCUCUGCCAGUCAGAAGUUAGGCAACGAGAUAGAACCUUCCAGGCCUCAGAAUUCAUUCGUGAAGGGUACCGUGCUUAUGGAACAGGCAGACGAUAAGAAGGACGAUAAAGACGUAAACUUUGUAGUGUUUCCUAAAGACGAACCCAAACAGCCGGUCGAGGAGCAUAUCGUCGUUAUAAACGAAGCCGAUGGCACUGUACACGAGAUCACCGCUUCUUCUACAACGAAAAAACCUGUUAGGGUGAAUCCGCCUGUGCUUAACGAAGAACAUCUUCCACAACUUUCAGAAGACUUGACUCCACCAACCGAGCGACCAAGACCACCUCCACAGUUCCAUUACCAUUACCAUCAUGGCGGUACAGCGAGACCUGAUCAUCCCAGACCUCAAAGGCUUCCGAUACCACCGCGUGGAAAGCAACCACCCUCGCCUGCUUUCCCACCUCCUCCUCCUUCGGAAGCAGUAGGGAUAAGAAGACGUCCUUACUCCCCUGACACUAAUUUGCCUAAUAUUCUUCCACAGUUUCGGCCAAACGCUAAAACGUCUCACGGUCAUCGAGGAUCGGAAAGCAUCGGUACCAUUCCUGCUGGUCAAACUUAUCCAUCCACCAGGAUAAGGCAACCCGUGCAAUCUCAUCCACCUACCAGAAGACCUCUUCCUCCACCGCCGUCCUAUCUUCAAAGGUUAAACCCUCCGCCGCCACCGAUUCACGCGCUUCGACUUGCUGCCGCAGCUUCAACUAAAACCGAGAACGUGAUACCUCCUCGAGAGCCGGAGCCAACCGUAAAAAGGUUUCGCCCUCCGCCGAUACCGGCCACCUCCAGAGGCGAGGACGACGUCAAGUUGGCGCAACGAUUGUCCAGUCAGAAACUGCGACUGGAAGAGGAGGAGAGAUCGGAACGUUACUCGGAGGAACCGCCUCAACUUCCUCCAAGACCACCGAUAUUUCCGAAACGUAGAACCGCGGAUCCGCCGCACGUGGCUACUCUUCAAAUGAUCCAGCACCAUGGAGAAUUCGAAGAAGACAAUACAGAGUCUAAUCCUUCGUCAACAGGUACGAACACCAACGACGAGUCGGAGAGGAUUCUGACCGACCAGGAUGCGGACAGGAGAAAGUUCGACGAGCGUGAAACGAUUGCCGAGCCACCGGUUUACGUGGUUUAUCCUGUGAACACCGCGGUAAAUAUACACCCUGAUGAUUCCAGGGAGAAGGACGAGAGCGUGGUAGUUGGAACUCGGGGUCCUCAUCGACCUCUACCACCGGAGACGCUUCUUCAGGACAACGAGGAGCAAGAGAUGAACGAAGAAUCAGGUCCAAUUGUUCAGAAUAUGUUCAACAGCCGUCCUGUCGCAUCCGACUUUCCGUAUCCCCUGGAACGUCCUGAUCCUUCGAUUCUUGUCACUGGCAUGAGGGAGACACCACUGUUGGUGCCCAGUGAUCAGAGACAAGAGGACUCUACCAAAGAGAGUAACGAAGAGAAAGAUGAAAAGGAUUCGAGCGUGAACGUUAUACCGUACUUGCAGGACUUUGUACCUUUCCCGGCGAGGAAGAACGAGGUAAUAUCAGCGACCCUCUAUCGUGGUCCAUCUCCUCCGUCCUCGACGCCGAUCGCUUUUGUUUACACGCCAACGGCGCAAGCAUCUCAUCGACUGGACGUAGAUGUACGGGACGAGGAGGAUAAUUCAAAGAGCGAGAAAAACGAGCAGAAGCCGGUUCUCUUACCUUCUCAACAACCAUCUAGUUCCUCGAGUUCAGCACCGUCCCCGCAGAAUUUCAUGGCACCGUUCGUCGCCAGCGUAAGCGCGGAAGCACCUUCGAAGAAUGGCUGGAGCGUUGUUAUGGUGGAACCUGCUGCGAACAGGAAAUCGGACGAGGAUCGCGACUCCUUGGAGAAUCCCUCGGACACGGAAGAGUCUCAGACAGAGAAGAGCGAAUUCGAUGUUGAGAAUUUCAAACCGCAGUUGUUCGGUGGAUUCAAACCGAUUUAUGAGUUUCCAACGCAAGACGAGGACCGAGCAGAACGUAGGGAAUCCGGCGAUGAUAAUUCAGAGGCAGUCACGUCUGUUCAGCAAUCUGUUAAUUCGACGGUUUGAUGAAGAGAAACUUCUUCAUGAUAAGCUUAGUUUCGAAUAUUUCGUUGACUGUUCUCACGGUCUUCUUGGCAUUGUUAUUCUCUCAAAGAUAGGUCGACUUGGUUCUGAAUUAAGUCACGACGAGGAUCUUAGUAUUAGAAUAAUGCUGAAUGGAACGUUGUUUCAAAGGAAGAACUAAAUGUUUCGAGACUUCGUACACUGGUGACUGGGGCGAUUUGUUGUCUUCUUUGGGAGGGGCAACAAAUUAAUUAUAAGUCUGAACAUCUACAUCUACAUCCUUUGAUGAUUCUGAAUCGUUAAGCUUCAAGCAAAGGGUUAAAUGCAACGAGGUGCAAGUAUUUAAUACUUGCUAAUUACUAUACUUACUAAUAAUAUAAUAUUUUAUAUCAGUUAAUAAUGAAGUAGUAUUUGCACCACUUUGCAUGUAAUCCUCUUAAACACGAUCGCAAAGAAAUACCGAGAAAUGUUAUAUUUAUAUUAAUUUAUAUACUUUAUCGAUAGGCUACAUAUAGUAAUUUAUAAAAUUUCACCUAUAUAUUAUAAAUUUUCAUGUUUUGUAUAUGUAGAUUUGUAUCCUGUUCAUAUUAGAUAUCUCAAACAUUUUCACACAU